AUGGCGAAGCGGCGUUGUCCCGUUUUAUUGCAAGGGUCCAAGAGAUCAUGGAGCGUGAGCACAUCGACGUCAUCUACAACGCGGACCAGACCGGCGUCAAUUACGAGUACCUGCCGGCGAAGACUGUUCAUGCGCGUGGUGACCACACUGUAUGGAUUAAGUGUGGCGGCAAAACCAAGGACCGGGCCACUGCGAUGCUCCUGGCGGACUCGACCGGUACCAAGUACCCUUUGUUCCUUGUGCUGA